AUGGCUUCACAAAUCAGCAAGAAACUCAUCAAGUCCGGCAAUGGUCAAGACUAUCCCAGAGCCGGAGAUGAAGUCACAAUCGAGUACACUGGCUGGCUCCAUGACCCCUCGGCGUCCGCCAACAAUAACAAAGGCAAACAAUUCGAUAGCUCCGUAGGUCGAGGGGAUUUCAAGACCCAGAUCGGUGUCGGUAGGGUCAUCCCAGGCUGGGAUCAAGGUGUUCCGCAGAUGUCUCUGGGUGAAAAAAGUACUUUGGUCAUCCCAGGGUGA